GCCUGGCCUGAUCAGAUCCAAUUUGCCCGGGCUGCGGGCCAUGUUUGCCAUGCUUGCCUUGGCGCUCUUCACCUGCGCGCGUGCCGCGGAAUUUUCGCUGGUGGGUUUGGGCACGGCAGGCAUCAAGGAGGUGUCGACCAUGGUGGCGGCCCUGGAGAUGGGCUACCGCACCUUAGACACCGCGUUGCUCUACGGGAACCACGACAUGGUGAGGCACGCGCUCGAGAGAAGCACCGUGCCCCGCGAGGAGGUCUUUUUGACUUCCAAGGUUGGAUUCUUUCCUUCUUCGAUGAAGCUUCCAGAGGAGCUGCGGCCAGCCUUCGGCAUGGAGGAGCUGCCCAUCCCGCAGCAGCUGCGUAGCCUGUACCACCCCUUGAACCAGAAGGGCAAAGAGGUCCAGGCCGUUGAGCUGAGCCUCAAGGAGCUGGGCGUGGAGUACCUGGACCUUUGCCUCAUCCACUCGCCCGCCACUUCCGCCUUGGAGCUGACGGCCUCCUUUUGGCCGCACCUCUACGGCCUGUGGCAGGGCCACAUGGCCAGCUGGACAGAGGGCACCACCAACGGAGCUUUGAAGGCCCUGGCCAUGCAGGAAGUGAAGCAGCGCUCCGCCGCAGCCUACGCUGAGCGCAAGAGGUCCUGGCAGGGAAUGGAGGAGGCCAAGCGGCGAGGGCUCUGCAGGCACAUCGGCGUCAGCAACUACCCCGUGGCCUUUAUGAAGGAGAUCGAUGAAUACAAAUCGGAGCCCAUCUUCAAUGAGCAGCAGGAGCUGCAUCCGCUGGCUCAAUUCCGGGAUGUCCAGAAAUAUGCCAAAGAUGCCAAUGUCCGCCUGACCGGGUACGGCACAGGCGUCGUGGUGGAAACUGCCGCGGCGGAGAAGGUGGCUCAGCGCCUGGGGCGCUCGGCGGGGCAAGUGUUGCUGCGCUGGGCCGUGCAGAAAAACAUCGCGGUGAACCCCAAGUCCAACAAGGUCGAGCGGCUGCGGGAGAACUUGGACGUCCUGAACUUCAAGUUGGAUGACUCGGACAUGAAGAUCUUGGACGCCUUGGAGGAGAACCGGAUCUUUUACUGGAACACCAGCUGUUUGGUGCCGUCAGUUCGAGCGAAGUCGGAGCUCUGAGUGACGUGUUUGCCGUUCGCGCGAAGCGUUGAAAA